AUGGUAGGCAAGGUGUGGUCUGACCUCGAAGAGAGGUACUUCUGGCGAACAGCCGUCGCCCAUUCUUCCAAGCGAGCCGGAAUCGACAAGGCCAACGGCGAGAAGACAUGGGAUCAGCUUGCCUACGAAAUGCAUCGUGCCAUGGAACGUCUUGGUCAUAUUCGCCGAAAGUACACUAGUACUAUGUUAUUCGAGCAUUAUUUCCAGAACAUUGAGGGUGAACGACGAUCGCCAAAUGCAGCGGCGUAUGUGAAUGAAUACUUACGCAAAGUUGGCCCUACCCGCGAAAUUGUCAAUCCUCGUGCAGUUCGCCCCCGUCGAGAGGUGAAAAAGCAACGCGCUCGUAAAGCACCUCCUCCUCCUACUCCUACCGAAAGUGCGGAUGGUCCACAGGAUGACAAGGACGACAACGCCACUGUUGAACCUACUUCACUUCCAACCCUGCGUGAGAUGGAUUUACCUGACCCCCGACCAUUUAUCCUCCCGCGCCCGGGUCCGGGUCUCUCUGAACGUCGGUCUUUCCAGCCGUCUAGACCCCUUCGACCCCUUGCUAAGGCGGCUACUCGCAUGCUACCGCCCUCGCCAUUGGUGAGCCCUUCCUACGAGGGCCUGUCUUAUGCCAAUCAACGUGACGCCGCCCUAGGUUGGAACCUAGUGAGCCCAGCAAUGACAUCCCCGUACGGCGCCCCUCAAUACCAGCCCCGAACUCCUAUGACACCCGGAUCCGGCAACAAGGAACCUGAAGAGCCUGUUUGGGGUUAUCAGAUGGGAAAGCGUUCUGCUACCCUGAAGCCGUCUCCGCAAGAGCCUUCCAAAUCUCAGAAGACUUCUGCCAAUGGAUACGCAACGCGACGACAAUAUUCCGACAGCUCCGAGAUGGGGCUAUUCAUCCCUGAAAAAGUCGAUACUCCAUCGGUGGCCUUUUCUCGGGCAACCGACCUCCUCCGACUAUCAAGCGAAAGCUCAUUCGCUGACGCACCUAACCCGCAACGGGAGCUUUCUGUGGGAUAUCAAUUCAAGGACUAUUCUAGCCCUACGUCGAUGUCUACAGCCUAUUCGUCUGUCCCUUCUCAGUCCCCCGCCCUUACCCAAGCCGCUAGCGAGCAGUCGGUUGAAAGCACCCUUUUCGUAGAGGAUGUUGAGAACAUCGAUCCUUACGUGGAUGAUGACGUCGAUGAACGCGUCGAUGAAGAAGCCGAGGAGUCCGGCGAUGAUAUUCGGGAGGCUGGAGUCAAGUAUGAUACGGACGUCCACACCGUGAGCUACCGAGACUUCCGCAAAAGAGAGAUUAUGAACUGGCGCGAUGAGGGUCCCGGCUAUGGUGACGUCGGUGGAGGAGAAUAUUACUCGGGAUUGGACCAUAACAUCUAGAUUAUGGCGCUACGAUGCAGUGCCACCGCUCGAUGCACUGAGACCGGAGACUACACUCC